AUGUUUAAGCGUCCUCUAGCAAGUUUAGUACGAAUGAGUGCCGUGCUCGGAAAAAAAUCGAUGGUAACAGUAAUGAGAACACCUACUAGACUUCGUCCCAUUGUAGCAACCAACAUGGGUCUCACUUUAAAUCUUUUUCAGAGGAGAUUUGUAGAAUCCUCAACAGAUGGUCAAGUGGUCCCUCAAGAAGUGGUAAACUUACCACUUGAAAAGUACCAUGAAGAGGCAGACGAGUACUUAGAUGCUUUACUAGAUAACUUAGAAGAACUGAGUGAGGCUCACCCAGAUUGUAUACCUGAUGUAGAGUUGAGCCAUGGAGUAAUGACAUUGGAGGUACCAGCUUAUGGGACAUACGUAAUUAAUAAGCAACCUCCCAAUAAACAAAUCUGGCUGGCAUCUCCACUGUCUGGACCUGACAGAUUUGACCUUCUUAAUGGGGAAUGGGUAUCACUGAGAAACGGCACAAAGCUAACAGAUAUUCUUACCGAAGAAGUUGAACAAGCCAUCGCCAAAACCCAAUGA